AUGGCCGACGCCCGGCCAGAUAUCGCACAUCUGGCCUUCAGCGAGACCAAAGAGGGCCACAAACUGGUCUCGGCAGAAGGAAUAGCUUGCAUUGUGAACAAACACGAGCCAGCCAAAUUUGAAAUCAGUUUCAAAAAGGUACCUUCCACCAGUCCAUACUGGGUUCUGUACACCGACUACGAGAACCUGGCCAUCGUUUAUUCCUGCACCAGCUCCUGGUUCCACUACCAGGAGAAAGUCUGGAUUCUGGGACGAUCAUCCAAACUCUCUCAUCGUAAAAUUCAUUUUGCCUUUGAUUUUCUGAAAGAGGCAGGAAUCAACACCAAAUGUUUGAUUGCCGCCGACCAGAGCUGCUCCAAAAUCACCCCCUACAGCCCGUACUGGGUCCUGAGCACGGACUACAGUAACUACACCAUCGUUUACUCCUGCACCGACGUCCUGCGUGUGUUCCACGUGGAGUUCGCCUGGAUCCUGUCCCGCGCGCCCUCUCUGGCCCCCGCCCAGCUCCAAUCGGCCAAAGAUCUGCUGGUCAGCGAAGGAAUAGGCGUCUCCGGGAUGAAGCCCACAGACCAGAGCUGCAGGGACUAG